AUUAAAUUAUUUUAAUUAUGGGUUCUACAUUAUCCAAAAAAUAAGAUAAAGCUAUUAUUAUUGGCGGUUUGGGAACAGUAGCAUUGAUAGGAGCGAUGCUAUAUUUAAAAUCUAAACCAACUGAGGUAUAAGUCCAUACCAAUACUAAUUCAAAACAGGAAGAAGUUCAAAACAUAACUAUAAACGCCAUUAAUCCCUAAGGACAUAUAGUUUAAGGCUACGAUCAACUAUUCUAACAAGUUGUUAGAUCAAUUUAGGUCGAAAAAUAGGGUUCAUUGAUUUCAAUAGCAACAAUUACACAAAUACUAGACAAAUCAUUGGAUUUAGCAAAGGAUGAAUACGCUGUAAUCACUACAGAAAAUAGAUAAAGGAGAAGAGCUAUUAGGAGGUCCAGAUAGGGUGAAUAUCAAAAAAUGGUCUUGGAUUAUAAUGAGUAGGUCGAAAACUUGUUGGAGAAGAAGUAAAUGGAAAUCUGUGAGUUCUUAUAGAUCAGAGAAGAUGUAUUUUAAGAAAGCGUGAUGUCAUUGAUGGAAAGAGGAUUCUAUUAAUAAUUUUUCAUGAUUUAAGCCUCAAUUAGAUAAAAAAUUAAAGAUUCAAUAUCAUCAACCAAAGAGAUUACUUACGAAUAAUUAAAGAAAAUUAUAAAUUACCAAAUCCAAGUGUUGAACUAGUAACCAUAAGAAUUAAGAGAAAUAAUCAAUAACUUAUCUGGCAAUCAAGAAACAUAACAAUUAAUCCCAUUAGCAAUUAAUACUAUUUUAGGUGACUUAGUCUAUGAGAAAUUUUAAAUUGAAGAAGAAGAUAUGAUGAAGAUGUUUUAGAAUUAAGCCUUAUUUAACGAUCAAGGCCUCCAAUAAGCUAUGGCUCAAUUAGAAGAAGCUAUGUAUUCGUUAAUGUCAUCUCUAGAGGGACAUCAAAUGUGAAAAACAUUAAAAUAAUAUUCAUAUAACAAUAAUAUAAUAUUAAUGAAAUUAAAAA